AUGGCGAAGGAGCUGUGCGAAGAGUGCCCCGCGGCGAAGGCGAUGUUUGACACCGCGUCCGGCGUGCUCGGGUACGACUUGCUCGAUGUGUGCGUCAACGGCCCGGCGGAGCGCUUGAACUCGACGGCGGUUUCCCAGCCGGCGAUUUACGUGUCUUCUUUGGCGGCGCUCGAAAAGAUGAAGAUGUCGGACGAAGGUAAGGCGAUGAUCGACUCCAUCGACGUCGCCGCGGGCUUGUCUCUCGGCGAGUACACGGCUUUGACCUUUGCCGAGGCGUUGUCUUUCGAAGACGGCUUGAAGCUCGUGAAGAUUCGCGGUGAGUCCAUGCAAGAGGCUGCCGAUGCCACGCCCUCCGGUAUGGCGUCCGUCAUCGGCCUCUCCGCGGAUAAGGCCGAAGAACUCGCCGCACGCGCCGCCGCCGAGUCCGGGGCGCCGUGCUCGGUUGCCAACUACUUGUGCAACGGUAACUACGCCGUGUCCGGCGCCAUCCCGGCUAUCGACAAGGUUGAAGAAAUCGCCAAGCCGGAAUUCAAGGCGCGUAUGGUCGUGCGUCUCGCCGUCGCCGGUGCGUUCCACACCGACUUCAUGGCCCCGGCCGCGGACAAGCUCAAGGCUGCGCUCGAAGCGACACCGAUUAAGGAGCCGCGCAUCCCGGUCAUUUCCAACGUCGACGUCAACCCGCACACGGACGCCGCGAGCAUUCGCGCCACGUUGGCGAAGCAGCUCACCAACCCGGUGCAAUGGGAAACCACGAUGACCACGCUCCUCGGUAAGGGCUUGGAGUCUGCGACGGAAGUUGGUCCGGGCAAGGUGAUCAGCGGUAUCAUGAAGCGCGUGGAUAAGGCGUUUGCGUGCGACAACUUCACCGUUUAA